UUUGAAAAUGAUGUCACAAUAAUUGUUUAGCCACCAGCAGUAUUCAGUUGUGUAUUGUAGUUGGUUUUGAGAGCUGCAAUAUCAACAUGCCUAUGAUGGAAAGAGCAGUUUGGGUGAUUCUGCUAAUGAGCUCAUUGAUUGCACUCAGUAAGUCGACUAAACUGAACGUUCCCAAGCUGCUGUUACCUCUCAGCGUUCAUGUGCCUGUGAACAUCACACUGACAGCACAGAGAGGAUGCUACAAAUGGGUGUCCUCUAAGCCUGAGACUGUCAGGGUGCAUCCUCUCUCUGCACUCAGCCCUCCGGCUCCGCUGCCCCUCUCUUCCUGCAGUCAGCAGUGCUUGGUGUCAGCUCUGUCCUCGCCCCAGGCUGUCCCUAUCCGUACUGUGGUCCAAGCACAAGACCCUGGUGAGCGAGAGAAGGAGACACUUGGGUUUUCUCUGCGUGCUCCGGUUUCCCCCAAACAGUGCAAAGACAUGCAUGUUAGGUGGAUUGGACAUGCCAAACUGGCCAUUUGA